AUGAUUUCCAAUAUUUUACUUGCUGUUCUCUGUUUGAUCGCCGUACUGUGCGUCGUUGACGCCCAGUGGGGAGGCUACCAUGGUGGUUACGGCGGCUACGGCGGCGGAUACGGUCGCGGAUAUGGUGGUGGAUACGGCGGAGGCUACGGAUACCGACCAUACUUCCGUCGUUCGUUCUAUGGUGGAUACCCAGGUUACGGAGGUGGAUAUGGUGGCGGUUAUGGCGGAGGCUAUGGACACGGAUAUUACGGAUAA